AGAACUGACUGUUCUAGAAUAUCAAAUGAUUUUAACUAUGUUUUUAUUGAUUGGUAAUUUUGAUAUUCAUACGGGUGGAUCUUCAGACCUCCUGACAGCUCCUGACCCGCUUUGUGAGAGUUAAUGAAAGUCUAAAUAAAAAUAAGGUGAUGGUGUAACUGAAGGUACAACAAUGUGAGAUAAACAUUAUAGUCUUAGAGCUACAAGUUGUGUAUUUCAACAGCUAUGAUGGCCAAUGUAAUAAUCCUUCAUGUUGCAUCAGACAUUAUCCAAGGUAACAAUGAUUGAUUCCCAGAGAGUUAAAACAUGUCUAUAAAACACUGCAACAGAGAACAUCUUGUUUGGUGCUGAUGGGUAUUACCAGACACGAGAAAGAGAGGACGGACUGAAACCAGAGACACGCAAACAAGUAUUAAUGGUCUACAAGAACUGUUUCUUCACAAUUUUUAUAACUUUUUCUCAUAAUUUCUGAUCAGAGAGAAAACUUAUGUUGAUACCAUUCACUCAGUCAGUACUGUCUCUAGAAAAUGAUCUCUUAUAGGUAGAUUGCCUAGACAUUGCAUGUGACAAUAGGAGCAUUGUUUUGUUCUUUCAGGUUGAUGGAAAACUACACCUACAACAGCCCCACGUUACAGCUGGAAGGGUUAAAUGUCUCAAAGGAUUCUAUCUACCCUCUCUAUCUCUUCUUUUUUUUCUCCUAUCUGUUUAUAAUGGUUGCCAAUUUAGGCAUCGCUGUAAUCAUUUUCAUAGACAAAAGCCUUCACCAGCCUAUGUAUCUGCUUUUUUGCAACCUUCCAUUCAAUGAUAUCCUUGGAAAUUCGAUCAUGGUGCCCCGGUUGCUUAUAGACAUGUUUAGGCCUCCCUCUGAACGCCUCAUUAGCUACUACGAGUGUGUGGUCCAAGCUUUCACCACACACAUGUUUGGCACCACUUCCCACACUGUGCUCAUGAUUAUGGCCUUUGACAGAUAUGUUGCCAUCUGCAAUCCUCUACGCUAUGCUGCCAUAAUGACCAACAAGAUGGUGAUCAAGCUGACAGUUUCUGCCUGGGGAGUGGCCUUUGUUUUGGUUGGGAUUCUGCUCGGUCUGACCAUACGGCUGAAUACAUGCAGGACUCUGAUCACGAAUCCUUACUGUGACAAUGCCUCCUUGUUUAAACUCUCCUGUGAGAGUGUGUAUAUUAAUAAUGUCUAUGGCAUCACAUUCACUGUCGUCCUGUUUAUAGGUUCAGUAGGCACCAUUGUUCUCACCUAUACUAAGAUUACAGUAGUCUGUCUCACUAAUAAGAACAAGUCUUUGAACAGUAAAGCUUUGAAGACCUGCAGCACUCAUCUAGUUGUGUAUCUGAUCAUGAUCUUCAAUGGAAUGUCUAUCAUUAGUCUUCACCGCUUUCCCCAAUACUCGGACUACAGAAAACUCUGUACCAUUUUGUUUCAUAUCAUCCCUGGCAGCCUCAACCCUAUUAUUUAUGGUGUGCAGUCCAAAGAAAUACAGAAAUUAUUGUCAAAGUUGUUGUCCAAGAAGGUUUUGCCAUCAUGAUAAAUAGAAUUUGCAAGCACAGCCAUAAUUUCCCAUGAUAUCCCAUAUAUCAUAUAUUUUUAUUCAUCCCUGUGGAUAUCAAGACUUUGACAGUUGUCAUGCAAAAGUAUAAAAGUAAGUGAAAUUAAUUGUGUUAUUGUCAAUCUAUGAUUAGUUUUUAUAUUGUUCUGAUUGAGCAGUUUGUCAUUUAUUUUUGUUGGUAGUGUAUAAAUAAAUAACCCUAGCUUCCAGCUCCUCAGGUUAGUCUCACUGUUGCCAUCUUUACCUACAGUUUAAUACAGACACAUUAAAUUAGAACUAAAAAUAAACCCCUGUGUCAUUAGUGUUUGGUUAUACUGUCCGGUUAUUAAAAGUGAAUCCACAUCUUCCACCCAGUCAGAAACUAAUUUUCAGUGACCAGUAGUGUAUAUUCUUUGCUAUUACAGUGGCUGAAAUAAUUUUAAUGAAAGUGAGGGGAAUAAGUGGGUAUUUUUAAAAAAAGUAGUAAUAUUACUUUCAUGUUUACUUGUGGGAUAUCAGUAUAAUACCAUCAUAUUUACAGCACACUUCCAAUAAAUUACCAUCAGUAAUUACCAGAAAAUAAGGCACACAUUUCUACAGAUUCCCUCUUUUUUAAGGUGAUACCAUCAAAAUUCAACUAGAAAUGACGUGAUUUCUCACUUGGAAACAUGAGAUUUCUAUGUGCAAAUGCCCAGGUUAUUUAUAUAUUUAACACCUUAUGUGUGAAUGCACCGUCUGGAUUGCUACUCAAUUUUGUUGUAUUCUGUGCAAUGAAAAUAAAAGAAUUCUAUUCUACUCUAUAACCAUGAGUCACAGCUGAAAAAUGUUAAACCACCUGUUUAUUCUCAUGUUAUGACUAUUUAACACACUUUGUUUUCCUCUGUUCUGUAGGUCCCUCACCUAGAUGCUCUAGGUCUCUGUGUUGUGUUCUUGUGUGUUGGGACUGUCUUGUUGGUGAACCAGAUGUUGAACACUGGGUUAAAUGUCAGUAAUAUUAGCUGCAAAGACAGAUGUUUAAAUAUGAUUGUUGGUAAAACAAAUUGACAAAAAGUACACUAAUUUUCAAGAAUUUCACAAUAUCCUCGUUAAUUUACAUUAAAAUCCAAAUGAAAUCAUAUUUAAACAUCCCACUUUGCAAUCAAAAAUAAUGUCAAUAUAUUUUUUCAAUGUGUUUCUAAUAGUUUUGCAUUACUAGAAUGAAGAAAAAAAGUUUUUGGAAAAGUAUGAGAAAUGCACCUUUUUUUCUCAGCCAUCAGGAGGGGCAUGUCAAAGGCUUGUUUGAUUGACAUUAGCUGGCAGGCUACUGAGGUUACCAUACAGAAUGGAGACAAAGUGAACAAACUGCUGUAGUUACAAGUCAUGGACAGUGUGACACUAACUUUUGAAGAAAAAACACCAAACCACCAACUAACGGGUCCAAAGUGAGCAUUUACAUGCUGUUUAACGUGUUGUAGCUGAGCAGAUAAUUAGCUACAGAUGUUUCUCGUUUCAUUAGUCUGCUUUACUGCCACAUUACCAUGUUGCUGCCGCAGCAAUAAAAGAGGGGACUGCACUAGAUAAUUGUGGCCUCUAGGUGGCAGCAGAAUGCUUGAGUCCUGCUGACAGGAUUUUAGGAUAAUACCCCCUCCGACCACAACGUAGUUGCAAUGGCGGAGUGGUGCUGUAUGUUUUUCUGCUCAAUAACUUCACCAGAAGUGAAGCAACUGCAGAAGAAACUGACUGACUGCAGUGAGCUAUCUUUCUUUUAGCUUAGCACCACACUUUAUGUUUGUCAUGUCUUAAUUCAAGGCUCCCUUGUCAUGUUGUCUGUUUGGAAAUGCUCCUGUUACAUCUUAAAAGUUAUUAUAGGUUCAUAAAGAUCGUUUAGUGUACACAUCUAGUAACUGUUUUAAGUUAAAUAGUGUAAUGCUAGCUCUGCUAGCUUUGCUUUUUUUAUGGGAUUUACCAUUGUAUUAUUGAUAAGUGUCCUGUCAUCCAGUUCACUUCCUGAUGUUAAGUGUCAUGUUGUGAAACAACUUUAUUAAAAUAAAAGUCCUCUGUUCAAAUCGUAUGUAACAGUAUUAAACAGUAUGUAACAUUUUAUCAUUUAAAUGUAGUUAAAUAUCAGAUUCUUCCAGAGUCAACGGUCUUCAACUGUUUCCUACUGUUGGAGGAAAACGGUGGUUAGACCAAAAAACUUAACCUGCAGGUAAAACCAGACAAAGCUAGAUUAAAAUAUCAAAGAUGAUGAUUUUGCCUAUAAUUUGACAUCAAAACAGCAGUGAUUUGGCGGCUGGCAAAUGGCUGACAACAGUGUCUUGUGAUGCUCCGCUAAUGUUAGCUAACAUUAGCUGUGGACGUCUGUGUUGUUACAUUCAGUGUUAUGGUCACACAGAGACUGCCUGGCUAUGUUAGCGGCCGUUAGCCAGCCGCGGAACCACUGCUGUUGAUGUCAAAGGAUAGGCAAUAUCACCAUAUUCAAUAUUUUAAUAGAGCUUCGUUUUGUCUUACCUUAGGUUAAGUUUUUUGGUCCAAACUCCUGUUACUGAUGAAGCUGCUGCUGCUGUCAUGCACGUAUGCAUGGUUAAGCCCAUGGCAUCAAAAUCUCACUUCAGCCAGGCACCAAAGUUGGCAACCCUCAGUUAGGGCUAAAGUCUGCAACUAAAGUUACUAGCAUUGUGUAGUUGAGCUUAAACAUGGCAAUCUAAUGGACACAGUUAGUAGCUAACAUUAUUGAUAUUUGUUUUGAUUUUAUCUUAACAUGAGAUUUGUCAUAGUGUGCUGUUUGUGUCCAAAAAAAAAAAUCAAAUGCUACUGACGUUUUUAAUUUGGUCUUAACAUUAGAUUUGUGAUAGCAGCUCAAGCUAUUGUCGUUGUAUAAUUCAGGUUCAUUUAGAAUUCUGAUGCAGCUAAAGUUACCAGCUAAUCCAGCAAGUUCACACCUCAACAAAAUAUAUAACAUAGGUCUAGUGUUUUGGACAUAUUAAUGCAGGGAAAUUACAUAUUGGGCCAUUAAGAUAGCCAUUAUGACUUCAUAAUGUUGUAAUGAAUGAAUGAGCCCCCUGGUGAUAAAACUAGAGCUAUAUAAAACUACAACCAAGGAAGAGAUCUUCUUUGCUGGAUAUCAACUGCCAACAAAGACUCUAGAAAGA